AUGAUGUUAUUAUUAUUAUACUUAAUGGCCAAGAACCAUCGACCUAUCGUGUCAUCACGCGCGCCGUCGGAUUCGGUCACUGCUUAUGCACCUACUACCAAUGUCCAAUGUCCUGACCUUUCGACGACUUCAUUAAUUCGAUCGUUUUCGCCGCAGAAUCAGACUCUUCACCCGGGGGAACAGGCUUAUGUAUCGACCCGGGAGAAGACAACGAUUCUCCAGGCUUGGAAGGAUUGGUUAGGGGAUGGAUCUGCUUUAGGCUAUAACCUUGCGAAUUUCACAUCUCCCUUUCCACGGGUAGCAAUCACGAUCCCUGGAGGAGGACUUCGAGCAGCUCAAUACGGUGCGAGCUCCUUGUUGGUAUUGGAUGCGCGGAACGUGUCAUCCAAAGCAGCGGGCACUGGAGGAUUGCUACAGGUUGCGUCCUAUAUGGCUGGUUUGUCUGGCGGCUCCUGGAUAACAGGUUCGCUACUUUUCAAUAAUUUCCCUACUCUCGACGACCUUGUAUUUGGAAAUGGGAAAGAUCUGGAUGGAUGGUUGUUGGAUAUUCCUUUUGUUACGCCCGAUGGCGAUAAUCUGCUCUCUGACAAGAACCAGGAUUUCUUUGGAAGCAUCCUAUGGAGUGUUAUAUCCAAAGCUAAUCAAGGAAUUGACACAAGUCUCACCGAUGUGUGGUCGCGAAUGAUUUCAUACCAUUUUCUCAAUCAAACGUCACGAUCCAAUUUCUUCACCAACGAUACUGGUCAUGGCGCUGGUCAACUGUGGUCGGAUAUUCCGCUUAUACCCGCCUACCAGGCUCAUUUGACGCCAUUUCCAAUCGUUGUCGCCGACUCGCGGCCCUCCAACUCGAAUUCAACAGGCAUUCUUUCCCUUGAUUCGGUGGUGUACGAGAUCACACCCUUGGAACUUGCUUCUUACGAUCCCUUUUUAUCGAGCGGCAUGAAUUUAACUUUCGCAGGGACGCACCUUGAUGGCGGUCGAUCGUUGAACGGGUCAGCAUGUGUUAUUGGUUUUGACCAGGCUGGGUUCAUCAUGGGCUCCAGUGCUAGUCUGUUCAAUCAAAUCCUCGAUUUUGGAACAAACACACUUUCACAAUUUUCGAGCAGUGAUAGCACCGGCCUUCUCUAUCUUCUGCAGCGGCAGCUCAGGGAAGUUCGUACUCGAGCUAACGAUGUUGCAAAUUGGCCGAAUCCAUUCCAAGGACAGGCUUCCGCGAGCUUUCAAGAUACCGAUGCUACAUGGAUCAACCUUAUUGACGGCGCUUCUAACCAGGAAAACACCCCGUACGGACCACUACUCGUCAAUGCCAGAAACAUCGAUGUCAUAGUGGCGCUGGAGGGUAGCGCUGAUGAUCCUGUGAAUAAUUGGCCAAAUGGAACGAGCCUAAUAUUUAGCAAUCAAAGACAAAUAAAUUUCCUUCAAAAAUCACAUAAGAAAGUCCCGCCCAUCCCUUUUACGGCCGAUGACUUCAUUGCCACCGGAGUGAAUGCUCGACCGACUUUCUUUGGCUGCGACCCGUCUAGUUCUGACGACUAUCCGUUGAUCAUAUAUCUUCCAAAUGCUCCACCAAUAACGGGAGAUAAUCCUUCUACCAAGUCAGUCAUCUGGUCUCUCGGUUAA